AAGAGCUCAGCGCUGAUGUCGUUCUACGUAGGAUCCUUGCGCGACAUGCCGCCUCGCGAGGCUUCAAGGUCUCCACCACUUCAUGAACGACCAAGAGCUUUAAAAGCACAAUCGAUGCCCCUAGUGCCAUCCGUCAAUCAGAUCUACGCUGCCAAUGGCGCUGCUCCGCCUGCCAAACCCGCCCAACAUCAUCGAUCCGACCCCAGAACGGCGAAUCACCCCUCCACCACCUUCGCAACAUUCCCAUUCGCAGCCCAUCAUCAACACCCAUUACCCUCGCCCCAUGCCUCGCACGGCGCCCCCUCAAUUUCUUACCAAGUUCGAAAUGACGGACGAGCUUCUGGCUGACAUCGAACGAGCAGAUCAACAGCAAUCACAAAACCAAAUCCCCCCUCCAGCUCUAGCUCCCGCUCCUCAUCCGUACACAAGUGGAUAUCCUCCACGAAGCGAAUCUCCGUUUCCUCCAAAAGAUCCCAAUGUAGAAAGAAUCCGUGCGAUGGAGCGAUCGAGCCCCAAUGGGCCUGAUAACGGUCAACAAAGACGAACUCGAGAACCUCAAGCAACACGAGAAAGUCCAAAAGCCCGCGAUCGUCAACCGACGUCUCCAAUCGCCGCUUCAUUCGCCGCACAGGUGCAGCAGGCGCACACCCCUGAGCGUAGAGGGUCGCCGCUUGUCCCUGGCCCAGGAGAGAGUCCUGCAGGCUACAUAGCCCAAUAUUCGCGUGACUCCCCGCCAGUGCUUCGCAGGGCUUCUAACGCUGUCAACCCCGAGCCACGGUCUAAUUUAUCGCUUGCGAGUCAAACGCCCCCACUGCAAGCUAUCGCGCGGACUCCCGAUCGAUCGUUGCCUGUUCAAGAGGAAGCUGAAGAUGAGUUUAGGAUUCCGUCGAAGAACGGUCUUGGUGCCCAUGAAUCAUGGAAAAAUAACAACGAACAGCAGGGUGUUUCGGAGCAGCAUACCUCGCGAAGACCGCCACCACCUUCGCCUACGCCGUCGUCUGAUUUGCAUCCUGAAGGGAACUCGCAACGAUAUGAUAUGAAUCUUACGCAUGGUGGACGGGAGAGUCGAACGGGUUAUCGAGGGGAGGAUGGGAAACCUCUUCUUGAGAGCCAACCGCAGACCGCGAGAUAUGUAGGCAGGGAUAGCGGAGAGGAGGAAGGAGGGUAUACGCCUCGGUCUCCGACGGCGGGGUUGCCUGAUGCGCCGCCUCAUGAUACUUUUUAUCAUCAGCAGAAUAUGGCACUUCGUCAGCCGGUGCGGGUUAAGACGAGGAACGGGUCUACCGAUGGGCUGGGGAUGAGGAGCUUGGAUCCGUCGGCGUUUGAGCAGACGCCGAGUUCUACGGCGUUGCCUACCCCGCUUUCUGAUCGCCCUUCUCAGUUUGUGGAGUCGCGCCGGUCGAUGCAGGAUUUGCAGCACCAGUAUCAUCCACAACCGCAGCAGGUGCAACAACACCAGCAAUAUCAACAACAUCAACAGCAGCAUCAUCAACAACAUCAACAUAAUCAACAACGUUAUACUCAUGACCCCCGCUCAAACCACAAUGGACGAUAUGCUCAACCUCAAGUUUAUCCUGACGAUUUCCAAAGUUAUGGUGAAGACGCCGCGUCUUCUUACAUCCAAUCCUAUCUACAAUCUCCUCGCCCAGAUGCACCGAUCCCUCCAACUCCCCGUAGUCAGAGCGCCGCUCCAUCGCCUUCCCCACUCAUUUCUGAAGGGUACAACAUGGGAGGAAAGGACCUACCAUUCAGCCCCGUAGCCCCCGUCGGCUCGCCCUACCCCUACCCCUUCUCCCACGUCCGUCGUAACCAACCAAUCAACGCUCCCAACAGACCCCACUACGACCCAAACCACCCAUCCGUAAUCCAAGAACAGCUCGCAAAGCAAUGGCAGAUCUACGCGCAGAACAACCACGGAAACAUCACCGACUCCACUUUAUCCCCAUCAUCUACCCCGUUCCCAGCCGCAGCUUAUAACCCCUGGGCGAUAUGGCAUACGAACCGUAUGGGACGGGUACACGAUACGACGAGCUUGCAGAGUAGUCCUAGCCAUGAGCCUAUUCCGUUACCUCCGCCGCCGAGGAAGAAGGAUAGGUUGGUGAGGAGGCAGGCGUCUACUCGGAAACCGCCCCCGAGGGUGGAUAGUACCCAGCCUAGGGAGACGAGCCCUGAGCCGUCUUCGUCUGGCGAGGAGACUGCGGGUGAGGAUCGGGGGUUCUCGGUUCCUCUUCCUGAGAUUAUUAAUAAUGGGCAUGGGAAUCAUACUUGGCCUGCGAAUGGGACUACUGGAUCCAUUGUGCUGCCCACGGCAGACGACGACCCUGAUUGGGUUGACGAGCAGGAAGAGGGCGACGAUGAUGAUCUUCUUGAAUUGGAGUAUCAUCCUAAUUAUAUCAGUAACGUUGAGAAACGUCGUAGGAAAUGGGAGAUGGGCUGGGAGGCGCUCGUUCAAGCUUUCCAAAACCUGGAUCGUCAAACCGACGCAACAAUGGUCCUCCUCGCCGCCCCAUCCCACAGCACAAAACUCCACUCCCUCCGCUCCCGUUCCGUCCGACGCCAACCAGCCCUCGCAAACUCAAGCAGCAUGUCAGACCUACGCACAGGAUUCAAACGCAUCGCGUCCCAACGCCGUUCCACACGCUCAAUGAAAAGCUCCCUCGUCGACCGACUCAUCAACUGCGCCGCCACCUCCGGCGCAGGCGGGGACGGCUCAGACGGAAGUUCCGAGUCGCGCGAGGAAGAUCUUAGGCACUUGUUGGAGACAGCGCUGGGGAGUUUGGGUGUGCUUGGGGGGAUAUUUGAGCAGAGGGAGAGUAGGUGGGUUGAGGAGAUGCAGAGGAUUAAUGAGGAUAGGGAACGGGUGGAGCUUUUGUUGAGGCAGGUUUUGGGCGAUAAUCAUGCUACGUUGCAGAGCCCGAGGGUGUUGAACGUUCAGGGACCUUGA